GAAGUGAUCGACGCGUCGCUAAGUGUGCGUGUAAAGUGUUGUGAUUGUGUGAAAAUGUGCAAAGUAGAAAUGCUGAGAGUGUUGGUGAAGCAGCGACUAACUGCUGCUGUGGAAGAAAUAUUUGUAGUGUUAGAAAGAACGAUAGCAGAAUACGAGGAGGAACUUUCUAGAACAAAAGAGGAGAACGAGCGACAACGUCAACUACUGGACGCUCUUUUCAACAAACAUGGAGAAGAAGUACACGUAGCAGACGUCAGUGAAGAACAUCUUCCUCCUGAGCAGCAGGAGUGGAGCUCCGGGAGGGAGCAGGAGGAACCGCAGCCCCCCCACGUUAAAGAGGAAGAGGGUGAUUACAGCAUCGGUCAGGAUGGAGAGCAUCUUGAAGGACUGGAGGAGUUCCCAGUGAUUGGUGUCAUCGUGAAGAGUGAAUAUGAUGAGGUCAAAGGUGAAAGUGAGCCUCCAAGCAGCAGCUCGAGUCAACACCAGACAAGAGAAGGUGAUGGAGGAUCACAAGCAGACUUAGCUCCACUGUCAGAGAGUGAGCACACAUCUGCUGACACUGACCAUGAAGCCGGUCAGACGUGUCACGCUGACAACGCUCGCUUUCAAUGUUCUUUCUGUGACAAAACAUUUGGCAAGAAGAGAAACCUGAGAAGCCACAUGAGGUGUCACACUGCAGAGAAACCUUUCAUGUGUUCAGAUUGCGGUAAAACAUUCUCCAUGAAAGGGCAUCUGAUAAGACACACCAGAACGCACACUGGAGAGAAACCAUUCGCGUGCUCGGUUUGUCACCAGACGUUCUCUCGGAAGGCGUCUUUGAUAGUACACACGAGGACGCACACCGGGGAGAAACCCUUUUCCUGCGCGGCGUGCGGUAAAAGUUUCACUCAUCGGUCAAAUUUGAUGAGGCACGCGCGAGCGCACACGGGGGAAAAACCGUACGCCUGCCCAGUGUGCAGCAAGACGUUUUCUCAAAAUGAAUAUUUGAUAGCGCACAAAAGAACGCACACUGGCGAGAAACCGUUCCCUUGCUCGGUCUGCCACACGUAUUUCCGUGAUCGUUCGGCACUGAGUAAUCAUAUGAGGAGACACACUGACGAAAAGCCAUUUUCCUGCACAAUGUGCAACACAAGUUUUCGCGACCGCUCGUCCUUGAGGAAACACAUAAAAACACACACCACUCAGAGUGUUUAAUUGACUUUUAUUGAUGUUAUUGAUCCCUGAAGGUACGUUCAGCAUUCACUCUGGUGGAAAGGCUGUGUUGCAUGCUUGAAGCUGGGGGAUGUUUGUUUGCUAACGAUGGUCUGCUAUGAUAUGUUGUGGAAAAAGUCUUCAUCUAGCUUAUUUCUUAAAUUAUGUGAAUGCAGAAUUUUGACUAUUAAACUUUGAAACUGAUGUAUGGAAAUGUUUAUCAUUCUGGGGUUCCAGUCAGAGAACAUUGGGCAACUUUAACGGUGACGUGUUCAUUUGUGUGUCAGGACUUGAUCUUGGGAGUUUGCUUUUCCGGGGUGCAACGGAAAGUUGGCUCGUGCGAGACGGGAAUGAAGGUACAUGAUUUAUUAUUAUCAAAAAAAGGAAUAAAUGAAAGCGCGCACAGUGGCGGAGAAUACCAAAAGAGUAUAGCAAAAAAGUACAAACAAAAAACACGCACAAUGGCGGAGAACAAACUAUGAAACCAAAAAGACUAUAAAUAUGGAACAAAAACUUACUUGGCUUGGACAAAAGUCGUUGCUUGAGGAAUUGACAUGAAAAGAAGUAUCAGGCAUGAACAGAGCAUAAAUGUGUUGAGGUCGUCAGGACGAACAACAGAAAAUGAAUGAACUUAAAUACUAUGGACUUGAUUAGUGAAAGCAGGUGCGUGACUCAAAACGUGAAACAGGUGCGUGACGUGACAGGUGAAAACUAAUGGUUGCUAUGGUGACCAGACAAGGGAGUGAAAAGACAGAAACUAAACAAAACCUGACUUAAAACAAAACAUGAUAAUACAGACAUGACAUUGUGCAACUACUGGAAUCCUACUCGGAUGCAGAAGGAGACAUGUGAUUUUCGUCCUGGUCUUGGAACUGUGGACCAGCUCUAGAGUUCUUGGGGUUGCAUGAGAGUUCACCCAACCAGUCUACAUGUGUUGUGUGGACUUGGAGAAAGCAUUUCAAAUCCAACUUUAUUCAUGUAGCACUUUUCAUACACAGGCAAAAAUUGAAGAAGAAUAAAACAUACACAUACACAGCACUAUUGGU